AUGUCACGCGCUAUAGUAUCACGACCAAAAACUGGAAAAGCGAUAAAUAUUGGUAUCUGUUUGCCUGAUGUUUGUUCGCCAAAUCUAAUGAGAAAGAAAGUGGAACGAAUCAUUGGCCUGAUGCUAAAAAACAUAACAUUCGAAAUCCAAGAAAGUACUUGCCAGUUUGAAGAAAAUUUCACCCAUGUCACGGCUGCUGAUUGGGUCACAAUUAUGGGUGGCGAGAAAAUGGCAAAAACUUAUUAUCCGACUCAUUUAAGAUUUUCACCGUGGUUAAUCGGAAUCUGUGGUGGCUACAUCUUACACGAAAGUCGAAAAAAGACAAUUCGUAUUCCAAAAUUGGUCAAUCUGUUGGGAUGGAUUAUUUCGUUUUCUCUAAUGACAACCGCUAUCUUUGCAAAUUCCCCAUCGAUUCAACUGAAUAAUAAUAAGACAUCGGCUCUUAAUCAAGCUCUAUGUGAAUCUUUAUCACGCGUUGCAUGGGCCAUCGCAUUACUCUACAUCAUUUUUGCGUGCGUGCAUAAUUGUGGUGGAGUUAUCAACUGGUUUUUAUCCAAUCCAUUAUGGCAACCCAUUUCCAGGCUCUCUUUUCCAAUUUAUUUGAUACAUUUUCCCGUCGUAGUUUAUUUUCAUGCAACAAUGAAAAGUACUCCACAUAUAUCUGAAGCAACCACUUAUCACAUUUUUUUCGGAGAUUUCGUAACAACUUUUAUUCUUUCGAUAUUCGCCGCAUUAGCGUUUGAAUUGCCAGUAGUCGAGCUAGAAAAGUUGAUUUUCAAAAAACAACGAACCGCACCAAAAGAGAGGGAAACCAACUAAAUAAUAAAA